CGGUCGCCGCAGUGGGGCGGUCAGUGUGGCCCCCUGACGAGCUCAGCUCAGCAGUGUGGUGCGCCGGCGCGAGCAACUACCACCCGGACCCCGCAGAGCGAGCCGCCAUGGUACUGGCCUGGAGCCUGGUGCUGCAACUGCUGCAGCUGCACGCAGAUGCGCCGCACGAACUCUGGGACUACAAGAACACCUCCAUCUGGAAGAGCUACUUCCCGCUGUGCGAUGGGCCGUUACAAUCACCUAUAAACAUCAUUCCAGGCUCGGGGAAGCCCCGGGUUGAGAAACUCCAGGUGGACUGGGCGCCUGGCAUCGGCAACUCGGAGAUCGAGGGCAUCAACAACGGGCGCACCAUCAAGAUCUUCAUCCGGCCGGAGAACGUCAGCCGUCCUCUGAUGACACUGCGCUCUCACAGCCGGCCCCUGUUCGGAGUCUACCACUUCGCCGAGCUGGACCUGCACUGGGGCGAGGGCCAGGGCGACGAGGGCUCCGAGCACAGCUUCAACGGCAAGUUCUACGACGCCGAGGCGCAGCUGGUCUUCUACAACGCAAAGUACGGUACGUAUAACGAGGCCAAGAAGUACCCGGGCGGUCUGGCGAUUGUGGCCGUGCCUCUGACGGGCAACAACAACCCGCGUGGCCUUCCCUUCUUCCCGCUGUUCAGCAUCGACCUGAUCCUCGAGGACCUGGCCAUGCCGGGCGCCACCAUCAAUCUCAACGCCGACAUCACGCCCUGGAAGGCCAUGAUGAAGACGGCGCUGAGCAAGUUCUACAUGUACUACGGCAGCAUGACCAAGCCGCCGUGCAACCCGGUGGUGCUGUGGAUCGUCUCGGCCACCGAGUUUGAGAUGGAGUGGGAGUUCCUGCUGCAGCUCUACGCCGAGAUCUUCUCCAACGAGGCGCUCACCGAUAAGAUGAUCCGCAACAAGCGGCCCAUCCAGCCGAGCGCCGGCCGCCAGGUCACCACUUACAUCAGCGGAGUGUAGUAGGGUCGCCCACCCCGCCCCGACUCCUGUCCAUCUCUGUCAGAUCCCGGUACACAGUACCUGCCGCUCGGCAAAUACCCCGUCCGGCUGACCGCUGACGAGACACCGAGGCUGUACCUACGACAAAAGUCGCUUCCAUCCAGCGAUGUUGUGACUCAUUCUUGUGCGUGCGUUACGUGCGUUACAUGUGCGUUUGUAAGUUGGACAGUUCUGUUUAAACUAGCUUCACACUGCGCACGUUCCCCGUCAGUGUUGUCUGUUUCGUCUAUACGUGGGCUUGUGCAUAGGAAUGUGUCUAUAUUAAGUCUCUGAGGUAAGCGUUAUUUAAGUGUUGGUCUUGAUAACGGUAGACUUGUUUUGCGCGCACCCAACGUGCAACGAGAUCGUUUAAUACAAAAUGUGAUUGUG